GCUGAUGUUGCCCUCUGGAUUCCCCUUGCUGCCCUCUCCCCCGGUUUUUUUUGGGAGUUUUUUCCAUGACACGAAGCUGAAGCUGCAGAUUUGCCCUCGGUUGCUGACAGAGUUAAAGAGAGGAGUUCAUGGCCAGCCCAGCUUGUUUCACUUUGCUGCUGCUCCCGGGCCAGCCCAAAUUUCAGCUGCAGUAACACGAUCCCACUUGGCAGAGCCCGAGAGAAUCUUUGGCACAUUGCAAAGAGCCUUAAUGGUUUUUUGAAACUCUGCUUGUGCUCAGCUCUGGCAGGAGCUGCUCACAAAUGGGAGCUCAAGGAUGACAAAUGCGUUCUGUGCAGGGAAUGUCCUGAGCUCCUGUCCCAAAAGAAUCCCGCAGGAGAAGGGGAUGGAUGGGGCUGAGCGGGGCCCUGCGGGCAGGAGGAGCCCCCCGGGGCCGGAGCAGGAGGGCAGCGGGGCCUGGAGGAGCUGCCUGGGGCUGCUGUGCCUGCUCCCCGCGCUGGCUCUGCUGGCAGCGCUGGAACACCCGGAGGGAACCGCGCUCCAGGAAAUCCAGGAAGAUGUGCCAGGCCCAGCUGUGCCCAGCCCAGCCCCUGCCCAGCGCAGCCGGCGCUACACCCUCACCCCCGGGCACCUCAAGUGGGACCACUUCAACCUCACCUACAAGAUCCUGUCCUUCCCCAGGAACCUGCUGAGUGCCCGGGCCACCCGCCGGGGGCUGGCGGCCGCUUUCCGCAUGUGGAGCGAGGUGUCCCCGUUCAGCUUCAGGGAGGUGCCCCGGCACGUGCCCAGCGACCUCAAAAUCGGUUUCUACUCCAUCAACCACACGGACUGCCUGGAGUCCCUGAGCCACCACUGCUUCGAUGGCACCACGGGGGAACUGGCCCACGCCUUCUUCCCCCCGCACGGCGAAAUCCACUUCGAUGACCACGAGUACUGGAUCCUGGGCACCACCAGGUUCAGCUGGAAGAAAGGGGUGUGGCUGACUGACCUGGUGCACGUGGCUGCCCACGAGAUCGGACACGCGCUGGGCCUGAUGCACUCGCUGAACCCCAACGCGCUCAUGCACAUCAACGCCACCCUGACGGGCAAGAAGAGCAUCUCCCAGGACGAGGUGUGGGGGAUCCACAGGCUCUACGGCUGCAAGGACAGGCUGGUGAUGUGCCCAGCCUGGGCUCAGAAGGGUUUCUGUGAGCAGCGCAGGAAGCUGAUGAAGAAGCACUGCCCGUCCUCCUGCGACUUCUGCUACGAAUUCCCAUUUCCAACGGUGCCCCCCACUCUGCCCCCACCAAGGACCAAAACCAAGACAGUUGCUGAGGGCAGGAACGUCACCUUCCGCUGCGGGCAGAAAAUCAUCCACAAGAAAGGCAAAGUCCACUGGUAUAAAGAUAAGGAACUUCUGGAAUAUUCCUACCCAGGUUAUCUGUCCCUGAACGAAGAUCACAUGAGCAUCAUUGCAAAUGCCAUCAAUGAAGGAACUUACACUUGCAUCGUGAAGAAAAAAGAAAGAAUCCUGACCACGUAUUCCUGGAGGAUCAGGCUGAAGCACUGAGCCAGCCCUGGCCUCAGCUCCUGCUCCUGUUCCCAGCUGGUUUUUUGGCAUUUUAGAUUUCAUCUCCACGGGUGCAGGUGAAUUCUCCAGCAGCUGCUUUGGUACCUCGGGCUAGAGAGACUCUGGGACUGGCUCCUGGAAUGUCACACUCCUCCAGAUCCCUCUGAAUGAUAAAGAAUUUGUCAACUAUUUGCUGGACAGAGAAUUAAAACCCUUUUUUAUUUCUUUUUAUUUGUAUGAGAAGUGUCAGGUGGAGCUGUGUGAGCUGCUGGAAAGCAGGAGCAGACUCUGGCCCAGCCCCCAGGACAGGGGGAUGGCAGGAAAAGGACAAGUUUAACACUCGGAGUGUUUUCCUGCCAUGUUUCACAUCCUGCAGAAGAAAUCACACUGCUAAGCCUUAAUAUCACUUUUGUGUCCCUUGUCAGGAGGAGGAGGGUCACACAAACCUUGUUUUGCUCCUCAUUCCAACAUGAUCAGUUCAAGGAUCCACAGAACAGCUCUUCACCCCCAGUGGUUUCCUGGGGUUUGAGGGUUUUCCUCUGAUCCCAAGAGGCAUUUCUUGCUCAGGGCUUGAUCCUUGAGGGCUCUGAGCUGCCCAGUUUGGUAAUUAAUGGAUCUGAGCUGCUCAUUUUGGUACUUAAGGGCUCUGAGCUGCUCAGGGUUUGGUUCUUGAGGGCUCUGAGCUGCUCAGGGUUUGAUAAUUAAGGGCUCUGAGCUGCCCAGGGUUUGGUUCUUGAGGGCUCUGAGCUGCUCAGGGUUUGGUUCUUGAGGGGUCUGAGCUGCUCAGAGCUGGUUCUUGAGGGGUCUGAGCUGUCCAGUUUGGUAAUUAAGGGUUCUGAGCUGCUUAGAGUUUGGUAAUUAAGGGUCUGCACUGCUCAGAGCUGGUCCUUGAGGGCUCUGAGCUGCUCAGGGUUUGGUUCUUGAGGGCUCUGAGCUGACCAGUUUGGUAAUUAAGGGCUCUGAGCUGCUCAAAGUUUGGUAAUUAAGGGUCUGCACUGCUCAAAGUUUGGUAAUUAAGGGGUCUGAGCUGCUCAAAGUUUGGUCCUUGAGCAGUCUGAGCUGCCCAGAGUUUGGUUCUUGAGGGCUGUGAGCCCUGGUCCCUGUGGGACUGAGGUGAUUCCCUCCCUCAGGAUGAGCUGAAGGGCCCAGUGCAGCUGGGGGGGAGCUCAGAGGGAACAGUUCCAUCUCAUGGCCAGACCAUGCACUGGGCUCAUGCUUUAAUCCUCCCCAGCUUCUCCCUGCCUUCCUGGGGAAGCUUCUGGAACCAGCAAUGUUCAGCUGUUUCUCCUCCAGGCUGAGGGAACAGAGAGUUUUGUCUUCCCCCACCCCCAGCCUGCUUUCCCAGCUCAGCACAGCCACAUUCCAGCCCCAAAACUCUCCAAAAUACGGACUGAAACUGAUAAAAUGUUUAGGGUUGGAGUUAAUCCCUUCCUGGCCUGGGGCCCAGCUGUGGUUGCAGGAAAAUGUGGUGUUUUCCAGAUCUGCCUGUUCCCAAAACAAAGUGACAGCUUCACAAAUCAGGGGCUCCAGAGGCUGAGAUUCCAACAGGAUUCUUCCUCUCCUCUUUCCCCAGAAAGGACUGGAAUGUGGCCUUGCACAACCACUACAGCUGAGUUCUUCUCUGGAUGGAAAAAGGACAUGCAUUUAAAAAAAAAACUUUCACAGGAAAUCAAGUUUCAAGUCUCCAUAUUAAAUCUUUUUGAUUUAUAAAACAAUAGAGUAAUUUGUUUUGCACCACUGUAAAUACAUUUAUAGAACAACAACAACAAAAAAAUCUGGUCAGGGAGUAUCAAACCCAGCCCAGCUCUCUCCAAGGAUACAAACCUCAGAAUUGUCAUUUUUCUUUUUGCCCCAAAUAUAUUCAGACACAAACAAUUUAUUUAAUUAAAAUAAAAAAUAAACUCUCUUUACUGUCACCCACUUUGCUGCAUGUGAAGCAAUGAAAUCCUUCACACUAUUAAACAAUUGAAAAUGUAUUUUAAUUCUACAAAUUUACAAGGAGAAAAAAAAAAAAAAACAAAACAAACUCAACAAAAAAAAGAAAAAAAAAAUCCCUAAAAAUAAACCAGAAACUGUUCCAGGA